AUGCUCUUUAAAUGGUCUAAUAUUGCAUUAUUGUUUACACUACAGAUCUAUCUUGUAUUUGGGUUCAAGGACGUGGAGUAUAUUGACGCAAUUGAAAAAUUAGAUCAAUUAUCAAAGACUUAUAAACGAAGUUACAUUUAUAAUGCAGAUAAUAUAGAAAAUAACUUAAUCAUACCACCCUAUAACUCAACUAAUAAACAGUAUAAUCAAGAACUAACUAACGAAGUGCCCUUUGAAUUGACUGAUGUCAUACUACCCAUGCUCGAAAGGUCUUCAUCAAAGAACAAUUCAAACGCUUGUAUAACACUCGCAGACUUGUAUCUUUUUGGUAAUUAUUCAUUUCCCACAGAUUACGAGUUAGCAAAAUCUUACUAUGAAAAAGCAAUAUCGAUUGAGCCAAAUGGUCAUGCAUAUUUCAUGCUUGGAUUUAUAUAUUCAACAGGUUUAUUUGGAGAAUUCCCAGUAAACCAAGCAAAAGCAAAUUUAUACUAUCAUUUUGCAGCUGAAAAUGGAGAUAUAAAUGCAUUGUUGGUAUUAGCAUUCAGACAUUUAAAGGGUAUUGAAGUUCCAUUAAAUUGUGAAUUAGCAUUACCAUAUUAUUCGAAACUCGCAGAAUUGGGCCAUCAUUGGAUGAACAAUACCCAAAAUUCAAGAGACGUAGAUUAUAACAUUCGCAUAUCAGAUUUCAAUGGUGGUCUUUUUGGUGAAAAAUUAAGUGAAUCUGUUUCAUCAAUUGAAAUAUCUUCAAAACUUUUUGCUGAUUUGAAAACUCAAUUUGAAGAAAAUAGAUUGAAUUCGAAUGAACAUGAAUAUGCUUCUUUCUACUAUAAUGGUUUGGAAAAUUUAAAAGGAGAUUAUUUCACCCCAAGAAAUUUAACAAGAGCAAGAUUGGAGUUUCAAAAAUGUGUCAAUUUAGGGGAAGAAAUAUAUGGAUCAAGAGAUUAUAAAAAUAUGGAUAAAAUGGAUAGAUUGUUUUUAAGUGCAUGCCAAACUAGUUUGGCUCGAUUAUAUUUAAGAGGACAGUCUGUCUCAAAAGAUUCGAUAAUGGCUGAAAGAUUACUAAAUAUGUCAAUGAAAGUUCAAACGACUCUGGAAGCACUUAAUGAUCUUGCAUAUAUACAAGAAAAUGGAUUGGUAAGACCAGCAAAUAGAUCAAAAGCUUUAGAGUACUAUUUAGCUGCUGCUCAGAAAAGUUCAGCCGAAGGAACAAAAAACUUGGCAAAGUUGUUGAUGAAGAUUGAUGCACCUGUUGAUAUUCAUAUUAGUGAAAAUAAAAUGGAUAUAUAUAGUUAUAUGAAGCAAGCAGCAUAUUUGGGAAAUACUGAGGCAUUGUAUUAUGUUGGGAAUUUUUUGGAAUCAGGAUUAGCAUCAAUGGUUGAUCCAGAAGACCCUGUCACAUGUGCCAAAACAACAAUGUAUUAUAGAGAAUUUGUCAAAAGAUUAUCACAAUUUUUCACACCUCAUUUAAAAUAUGCAUUUGAUGAACUUGCUAGUGGAAAUUACAAAAACGCUUUGGUUGGAUACCUGAUUGCUGCUGAACAAGGCUUUGAACAUGCUCAAAUCUCUGCUGCUUAUUUACUUUUCCAAUUGCAACCAUUGUAUUCAAGUAAUAAAAAAUUGAAAGAAUUUUCCCCGCCACGUCUCGAAAUCGCUGCACAAUACCUUGAUAGGGCUUCCAAACAAUCUAAUGUUGAUGCUACUAUUCUUUUGGGACAUAUAUAUUCCGGAGAAGAUAAGAAAAUUGAAAUUACUCCUGAUCAUGAAAAGGCUUUUAAUUAUUUUAGAGUUGCUACCGAUAGGCAUUCAUCGCAUGGAGCUUACAAAUUGGCUGAAAUGUAUGAAUAUGGAUUUGGCUCAGCUAAUAAUACAACUGAUUAUUUCUUAGCUAAGCGAUAUUACGACUUGAGUUUACAAUAUAAGGAAAAGUUUGAUUUUGAUCGAAAAAGUUCACAAACUAAAUCAGCUUAUAGUAAUGCACAUAUAAAUUGGGCUUUGUUCAGAUUAAGACUAAAGUAUUUGUUUAACAAAAAAUCAUUUUUGAGUUCUUUUGAUGAGCCAGUUGAUCAAGGGUGGCUAAGUUCAUUCAAAAAGAUAGGGAAGGAGUCAAAAAGAGAAAAACAACAACAACAAUUACAACAACAGCAACAGCAACUACACAAAGAUUCUGUUUCACGAGCGGAUUCUCAUCACCAAGGAACUUCAUAUGAUUUAAACUAUAUUGAAAAUUACGAUAUUGGGGAUUACUUGGUGAUUUCAUUAACUUUUGCUUUUUUUCUCAUAUUUUUCAUACAAAAUAUAUUACGACAAAUUAGACGAAUGAGAAAUGGAGAAGCUCGACAGGGCCAGCAUGAAAAUGAGAAUAAUAAUGGUAACAAUAACAAUAACAAUAAUGCUUUGCGAAAUGGGUGGAAUAUAAAUUGGAAUGGAUUUCAAUUUGAUAUUAGAGGUGGUAAUAUGGAAUUUCAUUUCUUUGCACUUUAG